UAUCAAGACAAAAACAUUGAAAUCACAACAUCGUCAUUUGCGAUGUUGCAGUCUAGUUUACGGUUCCGAUGUGAUUGUGUUUAUUUUUUUAAUUUUCAUUCAUAAUGUGUGAAAAUAAUUAACUUUUACGAUUCGUUUUGAACCGUAAAAUAGACGCAGAUUUUGUACAGUCAGAUAUGGUUUCACGUUCAGUUUUCGAUAUCGUUUAGUAUCUUUUGAUGUUUUUAUUAAGAUCAAUUACUUUCAUUUAGUGUAGAAAAAACAAUGGAAAAUGGAAACAGAUUUUUUUGAUAUGUCUAGUGAUUGCUCAAGCGAAUUAUCAGAAACGCAGUCGGAACUUGAGUCUCGUAUUUACAGUUUAACCCAUCACAAUGAUUUUUCAGGUACAUCUGAAUUGCCAUGUAUAGAUCCAAGAUAUGGUGUAGAAUUUAAUUCUAACGGUGAAGCAAUUGUAUUUUUGAAAGAUCCAGCUGAUAAAGCAAUCAAUUGUCCAAUUGAACUGCCUGAGGUAUGUAAUAAUAGAAUUAUACCAACUAUAACUUUGGACGAUAGUGAUGACGCAUUAGAGAUUUCAAAUGAUACCCCUAGAGUUAUUGAUAAUGAGUAUGCUGAAACAAGUUUGAAAAAAAAAAGGAAGAAAAAAAAGAAAAAUCUAAGUAAUGAAAGCAUUGAAGAAUAUAUUAACAUUGUUAAGACAACUAAUGCUUUAAAAGAGUACAAAGAAAAAAGUGGGUUCAAUAAGAUGAACUCAAGAAGUAAAAAAGCUGAUAAUGUUUCUUUGAAUGUAGCAUUUCCUCACGAAACAGCAAUGCCAUUACCUCCUGAUGAAGUUUUGAAACAGUAUCGUAUAGGAAAACCAACUAAAAGUAGUUUAUGGUACAGAUGUCCUAAAACAUGGACACCUGAUAUGAUUAAAUUUUAUACUAGAAUUCAAAAGUCAAAACGUAAUUUUGAUUGUAGCGAAGAAUUAAAAAAAAUUAGGGAUACAUACGGUUCAAGUCCUGUUGACUGGAUUUUAAAUCCCAUGGAUUUGUAUAAAUCUAAUUCAUAUACUAAUAAAGUUAGAUGUUAUUCAUGUAGACAAUACGGUCAUACUGCGUAUAAUUGCGAAGAACAAUAUAAACCUGACAUUUGUAUAAUGUGUGGAGCUGAAGGACAUAAUAUUCAUAGUUGCAAUAAAAAAAUAUGUUUUUCGUGUGGAACUUGGCAAAAAAAAUUCAUUGAAAGUUGUAGUACUUGUUUAUCAAUGAGCCAAGUAAAAUGUAAUGUGUGCAAUACACUUGGUCAUGAAUCAAACUAUUGUACAGAAUCCUGGCGUCAAUUUCAUAAUACUAUUUCUACUGAACCGGAAUUUGAAAGUGAUGAAUUCACUCAAUCUACUUCUAAAUCAAUUGUUGAUGCAAGGCAAUCUACUUCAAGGCAAUCCGAAAAUUCUUCAUUAUUAUCUACUCCCAAUGUUAUAAAGAUAAGUAAUUUAAGUCCAAAAACUGAUGAAUCUGGUAGAUCAUCUAAAAGAACAAAAAGAUUAAAACGGUUACGAUCAAAAAAAAAACGUUUAAAAACUAAAAAUCAAAAUAAUUCCACAAUUUCUCCCAAUGAAUCCAUAAAUAUUGAUGUUAAUAUUCAAGAUGUUACCUUGAAACGUACCUUGACAAAGAAAAAUUUUUUUAAGAAAAAGAAAUUAAAGGUUAAUAGUUAAUUAUAUAAAUU